CCCGGAUGGAGUUCAGUCGCCAUCUUUACACCAGUGCAGCUGCUACCGGUAGCUACAGAGUGGGGACGCUGAGCUGCUGCUCCACCAAGACCCGCCGACUGAGACAGACUUACCCACGUUUCAGCCUCUCUCCCUCCGCCCGCACAUCAUCGACAUCCCGACCACCAUGGCAGACCGAGAGCACUUAGUAUACCAGGCUAAACUCGCCGAACAAGCGGAGAGAUACGAUGAAAUGGUGGAGUCCAUGAAGAAUGUGGCAGGUAUGGAUGUGGAGCUGACGGUGGAGGAACGAAAUCUGCUGUCGGUGGCAUACAAGAAUGUGAUCGGAGCAAGGAGAGCGUCUUGGAGGAUAAUCAGCAGCCUUGAACAGAAGGAGGAGAACAAAGGAGGUGAAGACAAACUAAAGAUGAUUCGGGAAUACAGGCAAACGGUGGAGACUGAGCUGAAAUCAAUCUGUAACGACAUACUGGAUGUACUGGACAAGCACCUAAUUCCAGCCGCCAACACAGGAGAAUCAAAGGUUUUCUACUACAAAAUGAAGGGAGACUACCACAGGUACCUUGCAGAGUUUGCUACAGGAAACGACAGGAAGGAGGCAGCGGAGAACAGUUUGGUGGCCUACAAAGCCGCAAGUGACAUUGCCAUGAUUGAGCUCCCUCCAACGCACCCCAUCCGCCUAGGACUGGCACUCAACUUCUCUGUGUUUUAUUAUGAAAUCCUCAAUUCCCCCGACCGCGCAUGCCGGUUGGCGAAGGCAGCAUUUGACGAUGCCAUUGCAGAACUGGACACGCUGAGCGAGGAGAGCUACAAGGACUCCACACUCAUCAUGCAGUUGCUACGCGACAACCUGACACUAUGGACUUCAGACAUGCAGGGAGAUGAUGCUUAAGGACCCACUCCAUUCCCUCUAUCGAACUGUAUUUUGUGAAGAACAGAAUAAAGAAGCACUGCAAGAUGUGGAGGAUGAGACCCAGUGAGACCUCAAGGCCAAUACCAGACAUCCCCCUCUCUCCCUCUCUGUCUCUCUCUACGCCCCUCCCUCCCUCCUACCUGGUCUGUCUCCCUAACCCCAGGUCCUACUAUAGUGUCACAGUGAAAGCUCCCCAUCUCAGCUUCUACUGUGACACCCCCUUUUCUUUUUCUUUUUCCUGUUGUGCUCUAUCCAUCUUUGACUCCAAGUCCCUCUCUGCUUCCUAUGGUAUUCUCUAACAGUUGUUCUGUUCUUAAAGGUAUAUAUACAUAUAUGAAUUACCCGUUUCAUUGGAAAUAAUACAUUUCUGCAUUAAAACAAGAAAAACUAAAUGCUAAAGCUUUGAGCUGUUCCUGGGUGUUUCCUUUUUUGUGUCCCUGUUGCGAGCAUGUCCCCACAAGGGUUGCAUCUUUUCCCCAAUCUCCUUUUUUAGCUUUUCCUUUUCAGUUUGCUGUCAUCAGUUGCCAAUUGUGCUUGCCUGCAGUCGUCAAGUCAAUGUUUAAAAAACAUUUGCUGUAAUAUUUUUUUCUCCAGAACUGUAAUGUCUAUGUGCUAAUUUACGCUAAUUGUCUAAGCUUUUUGUCGAAAAUUAGGGAUGAGGGCUUUUUUUGUUGUUGCAGUUUUUAAAAGGGAGACAAAGCUUUUUAGAAGGAACAAAGUGCCCUCUUUAUUUGUGCUUUCCCCGAUUUCUGUCAUUGCAGGACUUUUAUCAAACAACCAUAUAAUGAUAGCAGAACAUAUUUUUCUUUGCGAUCACCACUCAGGUCUAUGGCAUGGACCUCAUUUCGUUGUGCUCAAAGCCUGUAGCAGUGCUUUUACUUGUUGCUGAUGUAAGGAGACGUUGGCUUGUAGCAGUUAAAUAAGGAAUUAAAAAAGAGUACGAAACAGUUUCUCCCCUUUUCAGAUUUAAGGUAAAGCAGGUUUGCAUUGAAACAACACAGCCUUUUUGUUUUAAAGAGAAACCUGCUCAUCUUGUAUUGCCCCACUGUUGCAGAAACUUCUCUCUCUUUUUCUGUCUUUCUGUCUGUCUUGGCCCUGUUUUCUUCCGUUCAGUAUGUGUAACUUGAAUCUGAUUUGUACUACUGGAUAUUCUGACCGGAGCCACAAGCACCGUAUUCUUACUGAAACACAGCAUGGAAAUUAAACUUCAAAUAAAAAAUGAAAUCUAAAUUAAAAUGCACCUUUCAUGUCAUUUUUGCACCAUAUUUGGCUGAAAACAGUUGACCUUCUGUUAUUCCAGCUCCAAAGUGUUAGGUGCUGCUGAAGAGAUUUAAACAAAACAAUGUAAACUGUAUUCUUACUACAGUAUGUUGUUCUGGAUUAAAGCAUCAGCUAAGCAAAUGAAAUGUAAAUGAUGUGUGUUUACAGUUAGGCUAUCUUUGUGUGUAUCGUUUUUUUUGUGCUGGAUUUCAUAAGUUGGAUCAAGUCAAGAAGCAUCUUUUUUGCCUUAUUGAUUACUUGUACUUAGGACCACAGUUGUAUUCAGUUGGCAGUAAGGUGAGAAGUUAAAUGUUGAAAGGAAAAUAAAUGUAAUUGAGAACUGAAAUCCCUAUAUGCUUGUUUAUGUACAAUUACCAUUUUCUCCACUGCAUAUAAUAUAAUGUAUUUGGUACGAACACUUGUCUGCUCAUAGGUCAUGUAGACAUUCCAUGUGAAAGCAAAAUCCUGAUCCUUAAAAAAAGUUGAAUAAAGUGGAGGAGCACAA